AUGGCUUCCUCUGGCAAGCAAGACGAAAGAGCUCUGCGUCGUCGUCGUGAUAGACAGUGGAUGAGGAUGCUUAUGGCUUCCACUGGAAGCCCUAUGGAUGACAGGGAACGUCUGAAGAGAAAGCUCAUUGCCUAUUUUCCAGAGAUGGCCACCGGAACUGUGGGCUCUUUCUUUGAUCGGCCGCAGUACCAGCCAGGCAAUAGACCUAUCGAUUACUGGAACAAGCUGACUUUGACUGCGCAAUGGAUCCUCAUCAAAACAACCUCCGACGGCCCUGGCACGGGCGUCGCGAUUGCCUGGGUUGAGCAACUUGGCCUGCCCCGCGAGGACUUGUAUCAGUUCUUCAAGAUAUACCUGCGCUAUUUGAGGGCCUACUUGAGGGCCAAAACAAGAAUCUACGAGAAAUAUGCGGAUGAGGCCCUGCAGCUAUUCACCACUUUGGACGAUAUCACGGAGCUCCAUCGAACACCUCUCCCGACUGACCUCGUCACAGACGAGGAUAUCAACAGGGCGAUUUCCUACCUCGAGAAAAUCAACAAUCGCACGCACAUCGAAGGUGUGCGCAAAUGGGCCGGCCCCAGAGGUGAUUUCAUCUACCUCCCCUUCGAGGAACAAAUCUGGGUCUUUUUCGGGAUGCGCCAUGACUGGGAGGCAGCAUUGACCGGUGGAAUCGACGUUCAUCCGGACCUCUACUUGGGUGGGGGCCCUCUGGCGCCAACCCCCAUUGAAGAGGGAUUCGACUUCUACGGGGAAGCCAACGGCGGAGAGACGUUCGGCCGUCAAGAGGAAUCCACCCAAGAAGAAGAAUCCUCCCAGUUGCCGCGCCGCAUCCGAGAAGCAGGAGCUCGCAUCAAACCGAACGAGGGUGGCAUUCGCCCGGUUGAAUAUAUCGAUCCCCGCCUUCUAUACAAGGAGCCCGUGGACGAACUAGGCCACCGCCUGGUGUUCAGAGCAGAGGAGCAGAUAGUCUCCCGCGAAGCCCCCAAGGAUGAAGGAGCGAGAGAGGAGAGCAAAGUGGAGGCUCCGACGAAUUUUUUGACCGCCAUGCGUCAAGACAAGCUGUUCGGUUCACCCAUUGGCCAGACCCUCGCUAAACAAGACCCCGAGAAGAGCAACGGCGCAGGAGGAGAGAGCGACGAGUCCGACGAGAGUCCCAAGAAUUUGUACCGCGAGCGUCAAGAGAAGUUGUUCAGUGGUGACUUUAGCAACCUAUGCGAGGACGAAGACGACGACGACUAUGCUCCCUCCAAAAGGCGACGUUUUAGCCAGGGGAAGCGCGGCACGAGCCAGAGAUCUGGAGACAGCAGCCGUGGCGCCCGCCGUGGCCGCUACCGCAGAUCUGAUGUCCAGACUGAGCCCGUAUCCAGAGAGUCUCGGCAGGUUCUAAGGGUGACCAUGCCACGAACACUCAAGCGCGAUAUUUUCCUAGUGACCCCCUCGGUGGCAAUGAGCGUCCUGAAGGUUAGCAAGCUGAGGGCGGCCAAGCCAAACCUCAGCAAAUCCAAGUUGAACUGAUGAAGCGCGAUUGUGAAGCCGAGAAGGAGACAGAACAAGGCCACGGAAUAGGGUUCUGACCGGUUGGGCGUUACGGAACUCGCUUUUGACGAGCUAACUACUGGUUUGCUUUUUCUUCGCCAUGAAUGUGGCCUCACGGUAUUGCAGGGAACAUGGCGCAUAAGGAAACGGGAGGGAGAGACAGACCCUUUGAUAAUGCUAAGAGGCUUUGCAUUUGGAUGAGGUCUCCAUUCGGCUUUUGGGUGGUUGGCUUUUCGAGAAGAGAGAACACUUGGGUUGCCUGUGAAGCCAGCCCUAACCAACAUGGACUGGGCAGCUGAGAGGUGUCGUCUGGGUUCGUUGCUCUAGAUCUACGAGGAGAAAACAGUAGCUUAGCUUGAGAACGAAAUGGCACAGAUUGACCUACAAUAACA